UUGACUUUAGAACCCAGUAUUCCCCAUUGAGCGGACGUUGCUAGGAGAUUCCAUCGAAGCCUUCGAGACAACUUAUCAAUGAAACCUCGCACCUAACAUUAUUGCGACAAUAACUAUGGAAUAAGGCUGAAGUGGACCCCCAAUAUAAUCUUCUUAGCUUGUGGACAUGGCACAGAAGAAGUAUUCUGGUGCUCCUUUUGGUGUCCAGACUUCAAGGUUUGAUGUGUCAUCUAUCCAUCCCAAGAGUAAGACACCUGGAACCUUCACCCAAGUGCCAUAUGACAAGAAGUGUAUGACUGAAGUGAAUCGUAGACUGGGUCCAGGAUCAUACAACAUUGAAGCAGGAGGGUUUAACAAAAAGUCUGUGUUGGAACGAGCAUCUGGACCAGGUUGGGAAAGGGCUUAUGAAACCUCCAGACUUGCUAAAAUCCCACAUCUCCUGUACAAAGAGCAAUGGGAGAAGAAACAGUACCAGAAACGCAUGCUAGGACCAGGAACAUACAAUAUCAAGGACUUUAUGGAAUUGAUGGCUGAGAAGCCUAGAAGUACCAGAGGAGAGUGUGAGACUCGAGCAGCAAGAUUUGAGAGCUCAACUCAAAGUGGCGUUCCUGGCCCUGGCACUUAUGGCAAAGGUGGCAUCCCUAAUGCAGUCCUGGAGGAGAAGGAGAGGAAGUCAGUCAGUAAUGUUGGCAUGCUGGAUUCAGGGAAAUCCUACCGCCGACAACUGCCUGAAGUGGGCAGUCAUCUGUGUCCAGGUCAGUACGAGAUGGAGAGCUUCACAGAUGAAAUGGCAUCGCAUGUGGUCAGUAAAAGAGGUCCGUACGACCUCUUUACUGGCGAGAGAAAUAAGCCCAUUACUGUUGGCUACUUUGCUAUGCCGCUUCGUCAAAACUUGGGACCAGGGGAGUAUGACCUGAAGUCCUUCCUGAGUGAGAACACAGGUGAACACAAGCAACGACAUGGCAAGUUUCUUAAAGUAACGCGAUUCCCAGACUACCCUACCGAAAGAAUCUACUGCUGUUCACUCAGUCAGUGCCCCAGGGACCCGAGUGAGCCUGGGCCUGGAUCAUACUCCGCUAAGGAUCUUGGGAAGCCUGAAGCUGCCAAACGCCCGCCUUUUGGUUCAUCCGCUGGCCGCAUGGACAGACAUGCGCGAAGGUUCUUUCUAGGAAGCACUAAUCCUGUUGGGCCUGGUCGCUACAGUGUCGAUCGUUAUGAGAACGCGCAACAUAUUGAUGGCCAUACCGGCGCCUUUAACUCCAAGACGAGACGUUAUGACCUUAUACGAGACAAAUACAUGAUGGAGAGAAUACGAGCGAAGGAUGUCCGCCCUGAAGAUAAGGUGUAUAUGGUUGCGUGACGAAAGCUCGCCAUCAUAACGCAUCGGUCACGCUGGUCUCUUGUCACUGCAACCGUCACACCGGCGCGGCGACGCACCUCUAAUCCCUACCUUUCUUAUUCCUAUGUAAAUUGAAAUGAAAUCAAAUUUAUUUUUUAUAUCGGGUGUAAUUCAAUUUUGUAAAUGAAAAACGAGUUCGGGUAUUCGAGUUUGGAAGUGGAAAACACAUUUUUUUUAAAUCAUCAUUUCAUCUUGUCAAAAUGAAUGGUACCAAUACAAAAUAGAGAAUAAUAAAAGCUAUAAACCCUUAUCUGGUUAUCAAAUAACAUAAAAA